GUACGAAUUAAUUUUCAAAAUCAACAUGGCUGCGCCCUGGGUUCGAUUGUAAAUCGUUUACGGCUUCGGAAAAAAGGAAGAUUUUUCAAAGUUAUUUGAGAUAAGGAGUUUGUCAGAAGAUUGUGAUAAUGGAUGUUGAGGAGAGCAAAAGUCAUGAUGUCGAUAAGAAGCGAGACAGAUCAAGGUCAAAGUCUCGAGACAGGAAGCGGAAACGACACAGAUCUCGCAGCAGGGAGAGACACCGCUCAAGAAGUCGUGACAGGCAGCGUCAGAGAAGUAGGAGCCGCGAGAGACGCCGCAGUCGUAGCCGAGACAGACACAAGAAAAAACACAGGGACAGCAAGUCAGAUAAAGACCGAGGGUUGAAAAAGGAAAAGAAUGAAGAUGAAGAAGAAAAAAAAGAGCAAGUGAAGAAAGUACCUCUCUCCCUGGAGGAACUGCUAGCAAAGAAGAAGGCCGAAGAGGAGGCCCAGAGUAAGCCUAAGUUUUUGACCAAAGAGGAGCGAGCAGCCGAGGCGCUGAAGAGGAGACAGGAGGCUGUUGAGGAGCAGAGGAAGAAACAGGAGGAGGAGAAAAAGAAACAGCUGGAGUACCUUAACCAGGGAAGAGAGGAUGACCGUUACAGAGACAGAAGAGACAGAGAUCGACGAGAUAGAGAGAGGAGGGAACGAGAGAGGGAAAGAGAAGAGGGAGAAAAGAAUAGUGUGAUAGAGUAUAAAGACAAGGAGAGAGAACAAGCAGCCAUCAAGGAAAGAUAUCUGGGAAUCAUGAAGAAGAAGCGUCGUAUCCGCCGACUGAAUGACAGGAAGUUUGUGUUUGACUGGGACGCGGGGGAUGACACAUCCCAGGACUAUAACUUCUUGUACAAGGAUCGGCACACCGUCCAGUUCUUUGGGCGAGGCCACAUUGCUGGGAUAGACAUCAAGGCCCAGAAGAAGGACCAGUCCAAGUUUUAUGGAGAGCUGCUGGAGAAGAGAAGGACAGCGGAAGAGAAGGAGCAGGAAAAGAAACAUCAGAAAAACCUUGCCAAGAAGGAAGCGAAACAGAAAUGGGACGAUCGUCACUGGUCCGAGAAAAAUCUGGACGAGAUGGCGGAGAGAGACUGGCGUAUCUUUAAGGAGGAUUACAACAUCUCCUGUAAAGGAGGAAGAAUUCCUAACCCGAUUCGCUCCUGGAGGGAAUCUGGUCUCUUACAGAAAGAAAUUCUGGACGUCAUCGAAAAUGCGGGAUACAAGGAGCCGACGCCCAUUCAAAGACAGGCUAUUCCAAUUGGUCUACAAAAUCGUGACAUCAUUGGAGUGGCAGAAACUGGCAGUGGAAAGACAGCCGCUUUCUUGUUUCCACUUCUGAAGUGGAUCACCUCCCUUCCCAAACUUGAAAGAUUUGAUGACCAAGACCAAGGUCCGUAUGCCAUUAUCCUGGCUCCGACUCGUGAGUUGGCCCAGCAGAUCGAGGAGGAAACCAUUAAGUUUGCCAAGCACCUUGACAUCCGAACUGUGGCCAUCAUAGGGGGUAUAUCCAGGGAGGAGCAGGGAUUCAAGCUACGGCAGGGCUGUGAGAUUGUAAUUGCGACACCCGGUCGUUUGAUUGACGUGUUGGAGAACCGGUAUCUUGUUCUGGCUCAGUGUACCUACGUGGUCAUGGACGAGGCUGACAGAAUGAUUGACAUGGGUUUUGAACCGGACGUACAGAAGAUCCUGGAGUAUCUACCUGUUUCCAACCAGAAACCGGACAAUGAUGAUGCAGAGGAUGACCAGAAGAUGUUACAGAACUUCAGCUCCAAGAAAAAGUACCGCCAGACGGUCAUGUUUACGGCCACCAUGCCCCCGGCGGUAGAGAGACUGGCCAGGUCUUAUCUACGGCGACCGGCGAUGGUCUACAUUGGAUCCGUGGGUAAACCCACCGAAAGAACGGAACAGAUCGUGUACAUGGUGUCUCCCGCGGAGAAGAGGAAGAAACUGGUUCAAAUCCUGGAACAGGGCAUCGAGCCGCCCAUCAUCAUCUUUGUGAACCAGAAGAAGGGGGCGGAUGUGCUGGCUAAGUCCCUGGAGAAAAUGGGGUACAAUGCCUGCACAUUACACGGUGGUAAAGGACAAGAACAGAGAGAGUUCGCUCUGGCCAGUCUCAAGGGUGGAACCAAGGAUAUCCUGGUGGCCACCGACGUCGCUGGUCGUGGUAUAGAUAUCAAGGACGUCUCCUUGGUCAUCAACUACGACAUGGCCAAAUCUAUUGAAGAUUACACACAUCGUAUUGGACGUACCGGUCGAGCCGGUAAGACCGGUGUGGCCAUUUCCUUCGUCUCCGCGGAGCACGACUCUGCAGUUCUGUACGACCUGAAGCAGACGAUCAUGGCCAGCCCAGUAUCUAACUGUCCCCCCGAGCUUGCUAACCACCCCGACGCCCAGAACAAACCGGGGGCCGUGGUACAGAAAAAACGCAAGGACGAGACCAUCUUCUUACAGUAAAUCUGAUUGGCUCUCUGCCUACACCAGAGUGCUGGUGAUUUUGGAUUGAGAAAGCUAUUUUCUAACAGUUAAUUUGAUUGGCUGUAGUAACAUUAAAGAACUGGUGAUUUGGAUAGAGGAAACUUUUCUGACAAUGAAUUUGAUUGGCUAUAGAAGUACUAUAGUACUGUUUGAUUGGCUAAAGUCACACUAUAGUGCUGUUAAAUUUAGAAACAGCUUAUAGCUGUGAUUUACAUGUAAUGAGAAAUGAUAGAUUUCAUCUUUCUCCAAAAUUUUUUUUUUAUAGAUUUAAAAGAUGUCCCUUAAGGUUCAUAAUGUGUAUGUGUUUGAUGGAAGAAAUAUUGUUGAUGUACAUUUAGAUAUAUUCUUUAAUGAUUAUUCCAUAAUACAUUCAUUGUGACAAUUUGUUCAUCAGAAAAAAUUCACGUUCUUGUGAAUGUUCAUAUUGAAUGGAAAUAAAAAUUCCCAAAAGAAA